AGCUUUUCAUUAACGUUGAUCAGUUAAUUUUCUUCGAUCGAUUUCCUGCUGCAGCUUACAGUUUCAGAACCCUCUUUUGCUGAGUAGCAAAUCAUGAAAGAAAUAAGGUAUUUUCUGAACGUGCCAAGAUUUCCAGAAAAUGUCUUUUUGUUGAAUUUUCAAACAUGGAAACAAUCAAGAAGGAGUCUGUAUCUGAGGAGGAUGUCAUGGAAAAAAUCCAGAAAGUGGCAGAAAGUAUAGUCGUAGAAAUCUCUGAUGCAACAACAUCCAGUGACAUCAAAAUUGAACAGACAGACAAUUCUGAAACCAAACAGACAGGCCCUACUUCUGAAGACCAGAGGGAGGAUGUGAAAAUGGAAGAAGGACCUGCCUCAAAGCAGACAGGCCCUUCUUCUGAAGGACAGAGGGAGGAUGUGAAAAUGGAAGAAGGACCUGCCUCAAAGCAGACAGAUAAACACCCUGUAAUGUACCUCAAUGAGUUGGUCCAAGGUUUGAAGUAUGACCUUUUGUCAGAGGUUGUUAAAGAAAAAGGGAAAGUGUUCACCAUGGGUGUCGAUGUUAAAGGAGUGGUAUUUGAAGGCACAGGAAUUAACAAGAAGGCUGCCAAGAUGGCAGCAGCUCAGACAGCUCUACGUCAACUCUUCAACACAGAAUACUGUCCAAAUGUUUGUAAAGAGACUGAAGUAGAAACAAAAGAAGAAGUAAAAAAAGAAGAAGAUAUAGAAGAAGUAAAGGAAGAAGAAGAAAUAGGAGAAGAGGACACUGAAAAACAGAGCACAAUGUUAGGAAAACGUACCCAUUCUGAUGGGGCAGUUGUAUCCCCUGUUGGCAAGAAAAAACGAAAAGCAAAUGGCCCUGCACCUCCAAAAAAUGCCCUUAUGCAACUCAAUGAACUGAAACCUGGACUUGAAUUCAAAUUUGUGUCUCAAACUGGACUUGUUCAUGCACCUAUAUUUACUAUGUCUGUAGAAGUUAAUGGAAUGGCUUAUGAAGGAGCUAGUACAACUAAGAAAGCAGCAAAAUUGAUAGCUGCAGAAAAAGCUUUGAAAUCAUUUGUGCAAUUUCCCAAUGCAUUUGAUGCCCAUAAAGUGUUAGGACCACAAAUUCAGGGCACUGACUUCACAUCGGAUGUAUCUAUUGACCCACAAGAUACAGUAUUCUUUAAUAACUUUGAACAAGCAAAUAAUCAAAAUGGCACACCUGUAGCAACAGUUCCUGUGAGUACAAAUGGAGCUCUCAAUGCCAUCACUAAAAAAUCAACAGUUCCAAUUAACCCUGAUGGUAAAAACCCUGUCAUGAUAUUGAAUGAAUUACGACCAGGACUUAAGUAUGAGUUUGUAAAUGAACAUGGUGAAAGUCAUUCUAAAAUGUUUACAAUGAAAGUGGAAGUUGACAAGGAAGUUUUUGAAGGAACUGCACGAAACAAGAGGAUAGCUAAAGCACGAGCAGCUGCUGCAGCUCUAUUUAAAAUUUAUAAAAUUGACACUUGUCAAGCACCAGACAUGCAGCCCGUUCAAAGAGAUGAUGGUUCAGCAGAAAUAUCACAUGAACUAGCCAAUACUGUAUCAAAACUUGUAUUGCUAAAAUUCAGUGAUCUGACAAAUAGUUUUACCACUCAGUAUGCUAAACGCAAAGUACUAGCUGGUGUUGUCAUGACGAGGGAUGGUGAUCCGAAUUCAACACAAGUCAUAUGUGUCACCACAGGGACAAAAUGUAUAAAUGGUGAAUUCAUAAGUGAAAAGGGACAAUCGGUGAAUGAUUGCCAUGCUGAAAUUCUAGCAAGACGUUCUUUGUUAAACUUUUUAUACUUUGAAUUAGCAAAAUAUUUAUCACCAAUUCAAGGUAAUUUGGAGACAUCUGUGUUUGACAAACGAGAGAAUGGAGGGUUCAGACUUAAAGAAGGAAUAAAAUUUCAUUUAUACAUUAGCACAGCACCUUGCGGUGAUUCUAGAAUUUUUUCACCACAUGAGGCCAAAACAGGAGAGGAAGAUCCUCAUCCAAAUAGAAAGGCGAGAGGUCAGUUGAGGACUAAAAUAGAAUCAGGGGAGGGCACCAUUCCAGUGAAGCCGUCAGGUGUCACACAGACUUGGGAUGGAAUUUUACAGGGAGAAAGACUGUUGACAAUGUCAUGUAGUGAUAAAGUAGCAAGGUGGAAUGUAUUAGGAGUACAAGGGGCUUUACUUAGUCACUUCACUGAGCCAGUAUAUUAUGACAGCAUCAUAUUAGGCCACUUAUAUCAUGCAGAACAUUUGUCACGUGCUGUAUUUGGAAGACUUAGUGGUAUCAAAGAUAUACCAACACCAUACAAACUCAACCAACCAUUUCUAAGUGGAAUCAGAAAUCCUGAGAGUAGAAUGCCAGGUAAAGCACCAAGUUUUGCAGUCAAUUGGUGUUUAUCAAAUCCCACCUUAGAAGUCAUCAAUACUACAACUGGGAAAACAGAGCAAGGUGGAAUCUCAAGACUAUGUAAACAAAGUUUGUUUAAUCAGUUCUCUAAACUGUGUGGUAAAAUUCCCUCCAUUGUCAGUAAAUCAGAGUCUAAUGAACCACAAUUGUACUCAGAGGCUAAAGGAAGAGUUAUGGACUAUCAGCUUGCUAAGGAGGAACUUUAUAAUACAUUCCAAAGAGCUGGGUUUGGUGUUUGGGUGAAAAAGCCGCUAGAACAGGACAUGUUUCCAUUAGUACAACUAUAAUCAUACAUUUUUAUAGUCAUUUUAUCAAUCCAUUUAUCAUCUUUUGUUGUUAUUGUUUUUUAAUCAUCUUUUUUUAUAAAAUCUCAGACUAAAAUUAUUAAGUUAUAGAUUGUAAAAAACAAAAAAGGCUUGCCUUGCCGAAAUGGCCAGUGUGAGAGUUUUUUUUAUCAUUUUUAGCUCACCUGGCCC